AUGCCUAGCAACACCAUUGGGGUACCGGAUGUAGCAACUACUGUAGCGCCAAUUGCAACACCUACACCUGAUGGAACAAAUUCAUACUGCGGGGAAUACUUUAAGGUAGGCUCUGGCGAUGAUUGCGCCACUAUCGCAACUGAAUUUGGCAUUGAACGUGACGACUUCUUGUUCCUGAACCCCGAAGUUUGGAAAAACUGCACCAAUCUCUGGAAGGACUACAACUACUGCGUUAAACCAGUCGGGACUAUUACAACAUACUCGGGCCACCCGAAGUCGACCUCAACUGUGCCCUUUGUUAAUACUCCUGCGACGUCUGUGCCGUAUGUAGACCCAUUGACAAGAUUUAACACGAGUGCACCUGUCAUUCCGCUUGCUAAUGAUACACGUCGAGACUGUUAUAGUUACUUUUACAUAACCAACACGACAGAAACUCCAGACCUGUCUUGCUGGAAUCUUGCGAUGGCUUAUGACGUCGAGCCAGAGGAAAUAGCUCUCUGGAAUCCAUCUCUUGCGGAGAAUGGGACUGAAUCAGGAAGCUCGGGUUCGGAUUUGUCUCCUGACUGCGAGCUGUCAGAGAGUGUCUCGUACUGUGCGUUGCUCGCAUCGCCGACUACGCAAUCUGGUAGUGCUAUCCAGACUCCAAACCCGAGAGCAAUGGGAGAAGUGGCAAAUUGCACGACUUGGUUCAAAAUGAAGACAUACUCUACUUGUGCAGAUGUUUUAGUUCUAUACGGCUUGACACUAGAAGAGUUCUACGCAUUUAAUCCCUCCGUUGGCAAGGGCUGCGCAACCAUGGCCGCCGGGACUUACUACUGCAUAUCUAAUAAAGCAAAUGGAAGCCGUCCAGGCGGUUACGAUAAUGAUGAUGAUGAUGAUGAUCCUACAAUGACAAGCUCAGGGACACCUACAUCAACGACAACAACACCGACAACAACAUCCAGUGGUGGUAUUGUCACUCCUACUCCAACGCAAAAUGGUAUGGUAGGGGGCUGCAAGGCAUUCUACAAGGCUGUUGCUAAUGAAGGGUGUGCGGUUAUCUGUCAAGCCCAUGGAAUCGAGCUGGCGGAUUUCUAUAAGUGGAAUCCCGAUGUUGGAUCUGACUGUACCAACUUGUGGCCUGAUUAUUACGUUUGUGUUAAGGCAUAG